GCGACACAGGCUGAACUGUGUGUGAUGUGACCAUGUUUCAUUUACACAGUUAAAUCUCUGGUGUGUUGGGACAUGCUUGUGCUUCUUUAAACCUUUGUAAUGUUGAACAUUUAAAAAAAAAAAAAGCAAAGUUAUCGAUCCUAAAUGGUGCCUUUGAAGCAAACUGAUAAUUUAUUGGAUAUAAAAGAGGACAUUUUAAUACUAAUUAGGUCCCUUUUAAAGAAUGACUUUGAAUUCAACUUCAUCAACUUUAGCGUAUUUUAUUCUUGGAGCUUAUUUGCACAUUGGAAACUUGAGACACCUGUAUUUUAUGUUAACAGCUUUACUUUACAUUGUUAUUGUGUUUGUCAACAUUUCCCUCAUCGUGGUUAUCUGUAUGAACAGGAGCUUACAUGAACCUAUGUACAUGUUCCUGUGCAGUCUGUUUGUAAAUGAACUGUAUGGUAGUUCAGGGUUGUUUCCGUUCCUUCUGACUCAGAUUCUCUCUGACAUUCACACUGUUUCUGCUUCUCUUUGUUUCCUGCAGAUCUUCGUUUUAUAUACAUAUGUCAACGUACAGUUUUCUAAUUUAGCCGUCAUGUCUUAUGACAGAUAUCUUGCUAUCUGUUGUCCUCUACAGUAUAAAACACGUAUGACACCUAAAAAGGUAUGUCUGUUAAUAAUUGUCUUAUGGUUAUACUCUUGUGUGAAAUGUCUGAUUACUUUAUCCUUAAACAUCCAUUUGAAGUUUUGUGGAAACAUUAUAGACAGUUUGCAUUGUCAUAACUACCUUAUUGUAAAACUGUCCUGUUCUGACACCAGAGUGAACAACAUUUAUGGACUUUUCACCACGAAUAUAUCAAUUUUGGUUCCUCUGUUUCCAAUCAUUUUCUCUUACAUGAAAAUUCUCCACAUUUGUUUUUCUGGUUCCAAACAGACGAGACAGAAAGCUGUCAGUACCUGCACACCUCACCUCGUGUCUCUUCUGAAUUUUUCUUUUGGGUGUUUCUUUGAAAUAAUUCAGACCAGACUUGAUAUGAACAGUGUUCCCAGUGUGCUGCGAAUUGUUCUGUCUCUGUAUUUUGUAAUCAUUCAGCCACUCUUGAAUCCGAUCAUGUACGGACUGCAAAUGUCCAAAAUACGAAAUACAUGCAAAAUUCUCUGCUGUUAUAAAAUGUUGACUAUUCACAGAGAUCUGACGUUAACAUAA